AUGACAGUAAGCGGUGAGUGGCGAGUAGUGCACGUCGCUGGCAAACUGCCCAGGAGACGGCCAACAGGGACUGCACGGAAUGGAAGCCCAGAUCUCAGGACCAGCAAUACUCUGCACCGGGUGCCACACAACAUGAGCCUGUGCUUCUUGCUGCUGCUCUCCUUAGUACCAAUUGCAUAUGAUGAAGAUGUCGUGGGACCUCAUGUUGAUGUGCAGGUGGAAGUGGAAAACUCUACUACUAUCCAUAUUAAGUGGGACUCACAUCUUCAUUCUGUAUUGCAAUGUGUUCUGGUCAUCCUCAUAAAAGGAAGCAAGGAAGAUGAGAUAUUUUUACUGCCCAGAAAUGGAAGUUUGAAGCUAACAGAUCGCAAGACUGGGACUCUUUACACUAUCAGUGUCAACUGUUUCAAUGGAGAAACGAUACUCAAGUCUUCAAAUAUCAGCAUUGAUACAGGUGUCGUGCCAAGUUUUCACCCUUCGACAUCACUGUACACAUCAAGACCAGGAACCCAGUCGACAUUAGGCAACCACCUGAACGAUGCCAAGAUACUCAGUUCGGAUGUACUGACUGGAGCUGUGUUCGGUUGCAUUGGUGGCGGAAUCCUGAUAUAUCUGUCCUAUUCAUUUUAUAAAAAGUGGAGAAUGGAUGAAAGACUCCGUGCAUUCUUAAGACUUCGCCGCAAUGCAGAAGUGGCACCUUACUUCAUUUUUGGCGAGAAUGAAGAGAAUGCUGGGUGACCAAUUCAUCAUCCUGAAGAGACUUAUGCACAAUGUAAUUUUAAUGCCUUAUUUGCACAUUCUGCAAUUUGGAUUGUUGAUGACAUUUAAGCCUGUUCUGCAGAACUCUGUUGGGUUUUAAAACAGGAUUACAGAAUCACGGAAUACUUACAGCACAAGAGGAGGACAUUUGCCCCAUUGCAUCUGUGUUGUUCUCUAGAGGGGUGGUUCAUUAGUGUCUCUGUCUCCACCUUCUCCCCAUAAUCCUGUAUUUCCUUCCUUUACAGAUAAUAAUCCAGUUCUCUCUUGAAAGCUGUGAUUGGAUUUUCCCCUACCACAUUCUCAAGCAAUGUAUUCCGGAACCUAACCACUUGCUCUGUGAAGACAUUCUUCCUCAUGUUACCAUUGUUUCUUUUGCCACUUUUUAAAAAAAAUCAGUGCCCUCUGCUUCUUGAUUUUUUUUCCAUUGCGAAUAGUUUUUUCUCAUUCUGUCCAAACCCUUCAUGGUUUUGAAUCCCUCCAUCAAGUCUUCUCUCAAACCUUUCCUCCCCAAGAAGAACAGUCCAAAUUUCUCCAGUUGUUUAUGGAACCAUUAUUGUGAAUGCUUUCUGCACUCUCUCUAAUGCCUUCACAUCCUUUCUAAAGUGUGUCACCCAGAACUGAACACAAUAUUCCAGUUUAUGCAAGUUUAACAUAGCUUCCUUACGUUUGAACUCUAUAGCCUUAUUAAUAAAACCAAGGAUUCUGAAUGCUUUAUUAACUUUCUCAACCUGUCCUGCCUGCUUCUAUGAUUCCUGCACAUAAGCCAUCAAGAUGCUCUGCUUUUGUACCCUCUUUAGAUUUGUAGACUUUACCUUAUCUUAUCUCUUCAUGUUCAUAUGACCACAAUUACUUACUUAAAACUUCUUGGCAUUAAAUUUCAUCUGGCAUUUAUGUACCCAUUCCCCAACCUGUGUGUAUCUUUUUGAUGUUCUACACUAUCCUCCUCAUGGUUAAGAAGACACACAAGUUUUCUAUCAUUUUGAAAUUUUGAAAUUGUGUUCUAAGUUCUGGACGAGGUCAUAAAUCAGGAGCCGUGGGUCCUAAUGGACCCCUAGCAACUCAAUCAUAAAUCUUCCUGGAUUCUAAAAAUGUCCAAUAAAACAACCUUCUGUUUCCUGUCACUCAGCUAAUUUCCUAUUUGAGUUGCUACUGUCUCUUUUAUUCAAUGAUUUCUAACUUUCCUCAGAGGUCUGUUGUGCAGAACUUAUUCAAAUGCUUUUUGAAAGACAUUAACAGUAAUGCUUUCAUCUAACCUCUCUCUUAUGUCAUCAAAAUCACAAGCAAGCUAGUUAACUAUUAUUUCACCCCUAACAAAUCCAUGUUGGCUUUCUUUUAUUCAUCCAUAACUGCCAAAUUUACUAUUAAUUUUGUACCAAAUGAUAGGAGCUUCUUCACCACUAAAGUUAAACUGCCUGCCCUAUAGUCCCUUGAUUUAUCUUUAUACACGGUUUGAAGAAAGGUGUAACAUUUGCAAUUUCCCAGUCCUCUGGCACCACCUGCUGAAUCUAGGGAAGACUGGAAAAUUAUGGUCUGUGCAAUUUCUGAUGUCACGUCUCUCAGUAUCCUUAGAUGCAUUUCAGUGAGAUCUGGUGCCUUAUCAACUUUACAGGUUGCAUAUCCAAUAACACUUCCCAUUUUAGCAUUAUCUGCACAGCAUCCUCUUCCUUGAUUAGGAUAGGUGAAAGUUAAUAUCUUCGCCAUACUUCUUGCCAUCAUUUGUAAAUCCCCUUUAUGGUUCCUAAUUGGCCCUGCUGCACCUUUUACCACAUUUUACUAAUUAUAUACCUGGAGAAGACUUCUGAAUUCACCUUUAUUUUAGCUGCCAGUUUCUUUUAUAUACACUGUCUUUGCUUCUAUAGCUUUUUUUUUUAACUUGCCCUCUAAAACCUCUGUACUCAAUCCAGGUCUUGGCUCAAUUAUCCAUCUGAAAUUUGACAUAACACACUGCUUUAUCUUCAUUUUACUUUCAGUCUCGUUUGUCACAAAGAAAUUCUGCGAUGAUUUGGCCUACCUUUCCCCUAGCGGAAUAUGCCUUAAUUGUGCCUGAAUGAUCUCUUCUUUAAGGGGAGCUAGUUGUUUAGUUGCAGUCUUGUCUGUCACUCUUUGAUUCCAAUUUAUCUGGGUGAUAAUGAAACAACAUUUUUGUCAGUAUUCAGGAUGAAUAUUGGUUUGACAGUGAGAUUCACUCAUUCACUCAGAACACUACUGUACCCUGUCUCUACAUAGUCCUAAGCUGCAGGAUAACUACAUCCAUUAAUAUGCUACACAUAAAGCUCUAAGCCUCAUGGACAUGCUGCAGUGACACCAGCUGCUUAUUUUCAUUUUAAUUUUUUUCAAACUCUGAUGUAUGACUGGUCCAGUUCCUGAUUCUCUCCUCAGUUAGGCGAUGGACCUGAAGCCUAGCCUUCACUUUAUCUUCUCCCUGGUGCUCUCAGUUUCUUCCUGUUCCAUUCCAGCACCAGGUUCUCUCCUUUGGUAACAAACAAAUUUAUCUGGUUGAAAAAGAAGCAAUUGGAUAUAUUCAUACUGGUUUUUGAUAGCUGUCGACCUCUUUAGAUCUGUAAUGCUCACUAUAACGCUCACAAUCCUUCUGUUUGCAGUUAUGUUCAAACCUUUUGUGAAUCAGGGCAUUCUUCGUUCUGUGAGUUUUUACCUCUUAUAAUUUCAUUGAAAGAGGAUUCUUUCUCAUGAGCUUUAGAGGUUGAUAAGUCACAUUUUGUAACUUGUUUAUUUCUGUAACUUUGUAAAAUCAAGCUGAAUAAUAUUAUAUAUUAUGAUGAGAUAGAGUUUCUAAUGGAUGAAUUGUAAUGUUUCAUGUGCCAUUAUCUUAAAAAUUUGUUCAUUGAAUGUGGGCAUUGCCAGUUAGCAAAAUUUUAU